AUGGUGGAAAAACAAGCGAAAUUUACGUGGAAUAGAGGUAAAAUAUUGGGUAAAGGAAGCUAUGGUCUUGUAUCAAUGGCUUCUACUGCUACCCGUUCUCGUAAGAUACCAUCUCUCAUUGCUGUUAAAUCUUGUAUGUUGAAUCGCUCUUUAUCUCUUCGAAAUGAAAGAGAAUUCUUAAGAAUGUUUGAGGAUUGUCCUCAAAUUAUUCAAUGUUUUGGAUUUAAUAUCACCUAUGAAGAUGACUUAUAUCUUUACAAUUUGCUGCUUGAAUUUGCCUCAGUUGGAAGCCUAGCUGAUCGUAUUAACAACCUAGGAUUGCCUGAGUUUCAAGUCCAAAAGCACACAAAGAAUAUACUUUUAGGGCUAAGUUUGAUUCACAAAAAAGGGGUUAUUCAUUGUGAUAUAAAACCCCAAAACAUUCUUCUUACUGGUGAUGCUGAUGAUGAGGUGGCAAAGAUAGCUGAUUUCGGACUUUCCAUAACUUUGGAGCAGAACUCGAAAGAGAAUGUGGGGCAAAGAGGAACUAAAAGGUAUAUGGCACCUGAAGCUCUACUUAAGGAGGAAUACUGCCCAGGAUUUGAUAUUUGGUCUCUCGGAUGUACUGUUUACGAGAUGAUUACUGGGGAACCCCUAUGGGAAUCAUCAAUUCUUAUGUUGAACCGAAUUCAGUAUGAGGAACCAAUUAUUCAGAAUCCUAAACUGUCUACAGAGGCAAAAGAUUUCCUGAAUAAUUGUUUGGCCAAGAAUCCAAGCGCGCGUUGGAGUGCAGACAUGCUCUUGAAUCACUCUUUUUUGAAAUCAGCUGAUGAUGUCCAGCCUCCAGAUACGAAGAAGAGGCAAUGUGGUGGCAUGUCUUUGUUACGCAAGAAACGCACAAAGACAGCAUUCAGGACAAAGCCACACAUUCCUAAUUUGGUUAUACAAGUUGAUUCAGAUACUAAUGACGGAAACUAG